AUGGCCUGGACUAAAUACCAGCUGUUCCUCGCUGGACUUAUGCUAACAACCGGCUCUCUCAACACAUUAUCGGCAAAAUGGGCGGACAUGUUCUCAGCGAAGGGAUGCCAUGAUGACCCCGAACAUGCUUUUGCUCACCCGUUUGUUCAGGCGGUGGGAAUGUUUAUGGGGGAGUUCAGCUGUCUCGCCGUCUUCUACAUUUUACUCUGCACUGACAGACGUAGACCCGAGCCCCGGAUAAACCCCGGCCAGAGCUUCCACCCUCUGCUCUUCUUCGCCCCCGCCAUGUGUGACAUGACGGCCACCUGCAUCAUGUAUGUUGCUCUCAACAUGACCAGCGCCUCCAGCUUCCAGAUGCUGCGGGGAGCCGUCAUCAUCUUCACCGGCCUGCUCUCCGUGACGUUCCUGGGCCGACGGCUGCAGAAGAGCCAGUGGCUCGGCAUCCUCACUACCAUCGUGGGCCUCAUCAUCGUCGGCCUCGCUGACUUCUUCAGAAAAAACAAAGCCGACACGCACAAACUCAGCGACGUCAUCACAGGAGACCUUCUGAUCAUCAUGGCGCAGGUCAUCGUUUCAGUGCAGAUGGUUCUUGAGGAAAAGUUUGUCUACAAACACGAUGUCCAUCCUCUCAAAGCUGUUGGGACUGAGGGUUUCUUCGGGUUCGUCGUCCUGUCGCUGCUUCUCAUCCCGAUGUAUUUCAUCCCCGUGGGAAACUUCAGCGACAACCCUCGGCAGGUCCUGGAGGACGUGCUGGACGCCUUCUGUCAGAUCGGCCACGAGCCUCUCAUCCUGCUGGCUCUGCUGGGCAACACCGUCAGCAUCGCCUUCUUCAACUUCGCCGGCAUCAGCGUCACCAAGGAGAUCAGCGCCACCACGCGCAUGGUGCUGGACAGCCUGCGCACGCUGGUCAUCUGGGUGGUGAGCCUGGCGCUGGGCUGGGAGCAGUUCCACGGCCUGCAGGUGGUGGGCUUCCUGGUGCUGCUGGUGGGCACGGCGCUCUACAACGGGCUGCACCGCCCCCUGCUGGCCAGGAUACCCUGCUGCGCCCAUCUGGUGGCCACCGAGGAGGAGGAGGAGGAGGGGGGGGACAGCCCGGGGGAGAGGGAGAGACUGCUGGGGGACGGCAGGGUGCAGACCCCGGACGAGAGCUAAAACAAGAGGACACUCUGUGGAGGACUCUGUCAGGGAUAGUCUGUUUUUAAAUAUGUUUCUUUCUCAGAUUUGACACAAUAUGGGAUAACAUCUGGGAGUGGGCAAGCUCUUUAAGAGGACACGAGGGUAGUUAGUAUCCAUUUUCUAAUCUCUGGGCAAAUAACUCUUUUUUUUAAAGACGGAUGGUAGAGAGUGAUGUCUAGAGGAGCUUUUAUUUUUACAAUACGGUUUUUUAAAGGGAUUUAUUCAAGUGAGAAAUGGAAAAUGAAUUUCUCAAACACAACUAAAGUCUCAACAUUAGCUCCUUACCCCUUAAAAUACUUCUUAUUCUUAAAAAAAUACUUGAACUGACAACUUCUCUAUUUAGUGCUGAAUCACUAAAACAAAUACUGUCAGACAAGAUGAACAAAUGUCAACUUACUUGAACUUUUAUUCAGAUUUUCUUAAAUUGAUGGAGAAGCUUCUUGUUUAUGAUUU